CCAUUGCAGCCGACCGGAUACCUACCACGACCGGAUCACACAGGCAGGGAGUGGGAGGUGUUGUUGAUGCAGAGGGGGUACACAGCUCUGUGGAGACACACCUCAGGCAUCAGCUCAAUUUGCCAUGCUGAUUACAUGGUGGUAUUUAUACCUCACAGCUCGGAACAUCGUCAGACAAUUGAAAAUGUCCUCAAUCCUGCAGAAGCUCAUCACUCCACUUUUCUGCGGUCCCCCUGAACCCCCCAGGAAUAAAGUGACCGUGGUGGGGGUGGGCCAGGUGGGCAUGGCCUGUGCGAUCAGCAUCCUGCUCAGGGAACUGGCUGAUGAGUUGGCUCUGGUGGAUGUGAUGGAGGACAAGCUCAAAGGAGAGAUGAUGGACCUGCAGCAUGGCAGCCUUUUCCUCAAAACACCCAAAAUAAUUGCAGACAAAGACUACUCGGUGACGGCGAACUCUCGCAUCGUGGUGGUGACAGCUGGUGUCCGUCAACAGGAAGGAGAGAGCAGGCUGAACCUGGUCCAGAGGAAUGUCAACAUCUUCAAGCAUAUCGUCCCUCAGAUUGUCAGAUACAGCCCCGACUGCAUCAUCAUUGUUGUUUCCAACCCCGUUGACGUGCUGACAUAUGUGACCUGGAAACUGAGUGGCCUACCUAAGCAUCGUGUCAUUGGCAGUGGCACUAACCUGGACUCGGCCCGAUUCCGUUUCCUGAUGGCUGAUAAACUGGGAAUCCACCCGAGCAGCUUCAACGGCUGGAUCCUCGGUGAACACGGAGACACCAGUGUGCCUGUGUGGAGUGGAACCAACGUGGCUGGAGUCAAUCUACAGUUGUUAAACCCUGAUAUCGGCACUGACUCAGAUGAGGAGAACUGGAAAGAGACUCACAAGAUGGUGGUGAACAGUGCCUACGAGGUGAUCAAACUGAAGGGUUACACCAACUGGGCCAUCGGUCUGAGCGUGGCCGACCUCACAGAGACCCUCAUGAGGAACCUGAACAGGAUUCAUCCCGUCUCCACCAUGGUGCAGGGCAUGUAUGGGAUUGGCGACGAGGUCUACCUGAGCCUGCCCUGCGUCCUCAACAGUGGCGGUGUCUCCAGUGUGGUCAACAUGAGUCUGGCAGAUGAGGAGGUGGCUCAGCUCCAGGCCAGCGCCAACACACUGUGGGACAUCCAAAAGGACCUGCAAGACCUGUGAGCAGACAGCAGGGGGCGACGUGGACCCGGCUUCUUCUUCAUCACCUCCACUGUUCUCUGUGAAUAUCAGUUCUUGCCUCACUGCCCUCUGUAGUCACAGCUGUACCAGGGCUUAAACCCACCAGAUUUAGCUGUAGGAGCUUGUACUUGAACGCUUGCUGAAGAAGAAAGCUAACUGAGACCAAAGCCACAGCUCUCAUCUGUGUUUGACUUAUGAUGCUUUGAUGUGAAAUAAAGUUGGUGGUGCUUGAACAGGAAA